AUGGCGCUCCCUAUCAAUAUUCAUGAGGCGUGUUGUGACCGACACGCUGUCUUCCCCUGGCCGAUUUGUAUUCCAGAAGCUUCCCAGGACAGGCGUCGCGCUGCGCUGACCAUAUGCGACAAAAAAGCUCGACACUCGAUGCACCGCCGCCAGUCUGAUGACUACGACGUCCUCUCCGACGCGGCGAUCGACGACGAGGCGCAGAACGACGGAGAUGGAGGCAACGAUGCGGAUGAGGAACCGGAGGUGUCCGCUGUGAUACUGACACAGCCGAGCCACUACAACGUCACGAUCGGGCGCAGCGUGCGUUUGGAGUGCAAGGUGUCGCCAGCCGAGGGCGCUGUUGUCCAAUGGACCAAAAACGGCACGAUGUACUUCUUCGGUACUAUGAAGACGCAAGACCAGGUCGCCACAUCGUACACCCAAGACAAGAGGAUAUCUAUCCCGGCCAAUUCAACGGACCUCUUGAUCAGAGACGUGACCCUAGCCGACAGCGAUACUUACAAGUGCCAAGUUCUGCAGACCAACAGAGCGGAAGUAGAACAUACUCUGAACAUCCUCGAGGCUCCGAAGAUUGUCAAGUUCUCGGCCUCGAACGACGGGCAGGUGGUCGAAGGUUCGGAUCUGCUGUUGACCUGCACCGCCGGCGGCUCGCCGCCACCCCAGAUCAUCUGGUCCAGGGACACCGGCAAUGGGAACGAGCGUCUGCAAGAGAAGGACGGCGAGUUCUCCAUCAACAGCCUGUACAUAAAGAGCGUAAAGCCCAGCGACGCCGGCAAAUACUACUGCUACGCUUUCAACGGCCUCGGCAACAAGCAGUCAGAGAUCACCGUUGUGGUGAAGAGCAAGCCCCGCGUCCAAGUGCACAGGAAUCUAAUCAACUCUGCCAUCAACGUGGAGGCUGUUCUUCAGUGCUACGUCCAUGACGCCACCCCCGCCCACAUCCGCUGGUACAAGGACGGCCUCCUGAUCGAGGACUCCUCGAGCCAGUUCAGCAUCAGCACCCACGGCCACCACUCCAACCUGACAGUCACCCCCACCAGCGACGGCGACUUCGGCACUUUCACCUGCGAGGCCGACAACGAGCUGGGCAAACACAACCGCUCCAUCGAGCUGGUGCAGAACCCGGUGGUGGAGGGGUUGGACGUGGACGGGCCGAAGCUCAGCUGGACCAUCCAUUCUCACCAGCCUCUAGAGCUCAUCGAGCUGCAACUGAGACAGAUGAGCGGGGACGGCCAGUGGAAGACGCUCAACGUGCCCGUCCCGGACGCGAGGACGCACGAGUACGAGAUCAUCUACCCGCUGAGCGACCAGGACCUGGAGCCGGGCAAGUACGAGGCCACCGUCAAGGUGAAGAACAAGAAGAGCUGGAGCCAGCACACGCCGCCCGCCUUCGUCGAGAUCGAAGCUCAACCGCAGUACAUUCAACACGCGUCAGUAUACCGAGGCAACAGCGCGCAUUCCAUACGGCCGAUGUUUUUCAGCGCAAUCUCGACCGGCCUCAUGUACCUCCUCGUGCGAACGCUC